AUGCCUACUCCCCUAGAUAACGCCAUGAAGUCCAAGAAUGCUAUUCUCGCAUUCACGGGAUUGGUGACUGGUGCCGCCGUCUGGGCCAUCUGGGGCGGCGAUAUGUUUCCCAAGGAGUCCGACCCAAAAGGCGACCCAGAUACAUGGACUCAUGAAGAACUGAGGAGAUGGCUUGCUGCUCGUCUCGCGCGGUUCUUGGACCGUCCACUAUUUCCCUGGAAGAAGCUCAUUCUCGGCUUCUCCCUCGCACACUACUUCUUCGAAAGCUUUUUGUCCCUCCGUCAGUACCGGGUCCUCCAAGCAACCAAGCCACCCAAGGUUCUCGAGCAGCAAAUCUCCCAGGAGGUCUUCGACAAGAGUCAAGCUUACGGCCGCGCAAAGGCCAAGUACGGUUUCGUCAGCAAGCUUUGGGGCCAGAUCCAGAACAUCGCCUUUAUACAAUAUGACAUCUUGCCCAAGCUCUGGGCGUGGUCGGGCAGACUGCUGCUCAGCUAUGCGCCCGCCCGCUUCACCGGUGAAAUCUCGCAGUCCAUCGUCUUCGUCCUCGCCUUCGUCAUGAUCCAACAGGUUCUCUCGCUGCCCACUUCGAUCUAUCACACCUUCGUCCUCGAGGAGAAGUUCGGGUUCAACAAGCAAACGCCCAAGCUCUUCAUCACGGAUCUCAUCAAGUCGCAGCUGCUCACCGUCGUCCUUACCCCACCCAUCCUGGCCGGCUUCCUCAAGAUCAUCCAGAAGACGGGCGAUCAGUUCUUUUACUACCUCUGGAUGUUCGGUGCCUUCCUCCAGGUCUUCAUGAUCACCGUCUACCCGAUCGCCAUUCUGCCUUUGUUUAACAAACUGUCUCCGCUGGAACCCGGCGAACUCAAGACGGGAGUUGAGGCUUUGGCCAAGAGGCUCAACUUUCCGCUGCACGAGCUCUAUGUGAUUGAUGGCAGCAAGCGCUCUGCUCACAGCAAUGCCUACUUCUUUGGCCUGCCGUGGAAGAAGCAUAUUGUCAUCUACGACACCUUGAUUGAGAAGAGCGAAACCCAGGAGGUCGUUGCUGUGCUCGCGCACGAGCUCGGCCACUGGAAGCUUGGCCAUACCACCAGCCUGUUUGGAAUUGCCCAGGCGCACUUCUUCUACAUCUUCACGCUCUUCUCUGUAUUCAUCAACAACAAGUCUCUGUACGCCGACUUUGGGUUUGUCAACGAGCGACCCAUCAUCAUUGGGUUCCUGCUCUUCUCGGAUGCGCUCGCGCCCAUGGAUGUUCUUAUCCAGCUGGGUAUGAACAUUCUGAGCCGCAAGUUCGAGUUCCAGGCCGACGACUUCGCCAAGGGCCUUGGAUACCCGGUUGAGCUGGCACGGUCUCUGAUUAAGCUUCAGAUCCAGAACCUGAGCAACAUGGAUGCCGACUGGAUGUACGCUAGCUACCACUUCUCGCACCCGAUUUUGUCAGAGAGGCUUAGGGCGCUUGGAUGGCAGUCGAACGAGAAGAUUGAUAUCAAGGAGAAGAAGGAAACGGAUGAGGGUGUAGUCAAGGCCUCGGGAAGAGAUGAACUGUAG